AUGUCCCCCCCCGCCCCAAAACCCCUAAUAACCCACCUCUACACCGCGGACCCCUCCGCGCACGUCUUCAACAACAAACUCUACAUCUACCCCUCACACGACCGCGAAACAGACAUUCAAUUCAACGACAAUGGCGACCAGUACGACAUGGCCGACUACCACGUCUUCUCGCUCUCGACCCCACCUUCAACAGAGAACAACCACCAGCCAGAAGUGACAGACCACGGCGUCGUCCUCAGCACCCCCGAUGUCCCCUGGGUAUCGAAACAGCUCUGGGCGCCUGAUGCCGCGGAGCGGAAUGGGAAAUUUUAUCUCUUCUUCCCGGCGCGCGAUCGCCAGGAUGUUUUUCGCAUUGGGGUUGCGGUUGGGGAUAGACCCGAGGGGCCUUUCGUUGCGGAGAAGGAGCCCAUCAAGGGGGUUUAUAGUAUCGAUCCAGCGGUUUUCGUCGACACCCCCGAGAACGGUGGGGAUGGGGAUGGGAAGGCGGCGUAUAUCUAUUUUGGUGGGCUGUGGGGUGGGCAGCUGCAGUGUUGGACCAAGGGCGCGUCUGCCGAAGAGGGCGAAGGAGGGUGGGUGUUCGAUGCGUCCAAGAAGGGACCACAGGAACCCUCCGGCGCAGGCAUCUCGGCACUCUUUCCUCGCGUCGCGAAGCUCACGCCGGAUAUGCUCUCCCUCGCAUCCCCGGUCCUCGACCUUGUCAUCCUCGACCCGGACACGCAGCAACCAAUUGCUGCUGACGACCACUCGCGCCGCUUUUUCGAGGCGGCGUGGAUGCACAAGCAUAAUGGGAAAUACUACUUCUCGUACUCCACGGGUGACACGCAUUACCUCGUUUAUGCGGUGAGUGAUUCGCCGUUGGGGCCGUUUGUGUAUAAGGGGCGGAUUUUGGAGCCUGUGUUGGGGUGGACGACGCAUCAUUCGAUUGCGGAGUGGAAGGGAAAGUGGUGGUUGUUCUAUCAUGAUUGUGAAAUUUCCAAGGGGGUGAGUCAUUUGCGGAAUGUCAAGAUGAGGGAGAUCAGGCAUGAUGAGGAAGGGUUUAUUAGGCUUGUGGAGUGA